AUGGUCCGAAUAAUUAUCAAAGGAGGUGUUUGGAAGAAUACUGAGGAUGAAGUUCUCAAGGCUGCGAUAGCAAAGUACGGCAAGAAUCAAUGGGCGCGUAUAUCUUCUUUGCUGGUGCGCAAGACACCAAAGCAAUGCAAAGCUCGCUGGUAUGAAUGGCUGGAUCCUUCUAUAAAGAAGACAGAAUGGUCCAAAACGGAGGACGAAAAGCUUUUACAUCUUGCAAAGUUGAUGCCCACGCAAUGGCGUACCAUUGCGCCCAUAGUCGGUCGGACGGCCACCCAGUGCUUGGAACGGUAUCAGAGGUUAUUGGAUGAGGCAGAAGCAAAGGAAAAUGAAGAACUUGGGUUUACAGGUCCAUCUGAAGAUACUGGACCGAGUGCUGACGACGUUCGGCGACUGAGACCUGGGGAAAUUGACCCUGACCCUGAAACCAAACCUGCGCGGCCUGACCCCAUUGAUAUGGACGAAGACGAGAAGGAAAUGUUGUCCGAGGCUCGAGCACGUCUGGCAAAUACGCAAGGUAAGAAAGCUAAGCGGAAGGCUCGCGAACGCCAGUUGGAAGAAGCGCGUCGGCUCGCCGUACUUCAGAAGAAACGUGAGUUGAAGGCAGCUGGAAUAAUAACGCGUUCCAAAACAAAAAAGAAAGGCAUGGAUUACAAUGCAGACAUUCCUUUCGAGAAGAAGCCAGCGGCAGGUUUCUAUGACACGUCAGAGGAGCAGGCGCGUGUGGCUGCUGCACCUGUAGGCCAAAGUCUUCGACGGCUUGAAAAUAAGCGUAAACCUGAUCGUGAGGAGGAGGAAAGGAAGAAAAGACAGCGCACGAAAGAAAACGGGGAACAUCAAACAAAAUUCCUUGCGGCCCGGGAUGCACAAAUCCAGAAACUGAAGGAGGCCGAGUCAAUGGGGAGACGGCAGAAGUUAGUGCUUCCUGCUGCCCAGGUUGGUGAGGCCGAGUUAGAGGACAUCGUCAAGAUUGGCCUGGCAGGAGAGAAUGCGAAAUCACUGGUCAGCGGAGGCAGCGAAGCUAGCGGACGGCUGUUGAGCGACUAUGAAGGCUUAGAAGGAGCUAGGAUGGCACGGACCCCUCGCACUGCCCCUCAACAGGACAACGUUAUGUCCGAGGCGCGAAACUUACGCAACAUGACAAUUGCACAGACUCCCCUACUUGGAGAGGAAAAUACACCUCUGCAUGCUGGACCUUCUGGUGGAACAGGCUUUGAAGGUGCUACACCCCGACAUCAAGUUGCGUUCACACCUAAUCCUCUAGCAACACCUCUUCGAGCCGGAGGUAAUGUUGCAGCUACGCCGAGGGGUGAUGUCGUCGCCGGGACACCGCUGCGGACGCCUUUACGAGACAAUCUAUCAAUCAACCCGGAGGGCUUUAAUGCAGUUGAAAGUACUCCACGAGAGCAGAGGUUACACCUUAACUCUUCAAAACGGGCCUUGCAGGUUGGGUUCAUGAACUUGCCCAAACCGGAAAAUAACUUUGAAUUAAUGGUCCCGGAAGAUGAGGAAGAGACUGGGGACGCGGAUGCUUCCACGCUUUCAGAGAUUGAUGCAGCAGAACGAGACGCCCUACUCAAACGGAUCCAGGAAGAAGAAGAAAGGAAGGCUUUGGCUCGCAGAUCACAAGCGGUGCGGUUAGGUCUACCAAGACCAGCUAAUGUCGACGCGGAUGUGAUGCUACGUCGUUUCAACAGUGCAGAAGGAGAUGAGACGGAGCGGCUUAUCAACGCUGAACUCGUGAGGUUGUUGGAGCACGAUUCCAUUGCAUACCCAUUACCCGGCACCUCACGGCCUGGGAGUACAAAAUCAACUUACAUCAUGCUUGCGGACGACGACAUUGACAGUGCUAAGCAAGCGCUUCACGAAGAAUUGGCGUCGUUAGUAGGAUUUCCCAAUGCCAGCCCCGCGCAAAUACGAGACGGUCUUAUGCGCUUAGCGAAAGCAGAUUCUUUUGAUGAUGACAGCCAAUCCUGGGCGCAAAUACGGAAGCGACUGGUAUUUAGUCCUUUGUCUGGUGAAUGGGUUGAGCCGUCGGAGCUAUCGGCCGAGGAACGGGUUUCAGGGUACCAAGCUCUGAUUGCGGAGGCCCAGGAAACCAUGACUAGGGACGCGGCCAAGGCGGGCAAGGUGGAGAAAAAGCUGGGUGUGACACUAGGCGGCUAUCAGGCGCGGUUUGCAGUAUUGUCAAAGCGGGUUACUGACGCGUUUGGAGAGUUGCAAAAGACACAUCUGGAUUAUGAGAGUUUUGCACGCCUACGGAUCAACGAAGAGGCAGCUGGUCCCCGUCGUGUUUCUGCUUUGAAGGAAGAAGUUGAGGUCCUUGCAAGGCGUGAGCAGGGCCUACAGGAGCGAUACGCCGAGUUGGUGAACGAGAAGCGUGAGGCUGAAGCCCGAGUAUCUGCGCUAGAGGAGAAGUUAAUGGCUGAGGCUGAGGUGUUGAAUGAGGCUCAGCUAGCAGCAAUGGAAGAAUAG